AUGUCGAGGGCUCACGGCACGUUGUCUAGGCACCUUCCUAGUGGCUUUCUUUUUCUCUUUGCAGUCUUAAGCUUCUUUCUUUCUGAAGCUAAUGGAGCCUCCUUACGGCCUCGAGACACGCUCAAGGUUAUGAUCGUUGGUGACUCCAUCUCUCACGGCCAUCAAGGUGAUUAUACAUGGCGCUACCGACUCUGGCAGUGGUCCCAGACCAACGACCUCACGAUCGAGUUUGUCGGGCCAUAUAGUGGCACUAUUCCACCAGCUGCCCCUCUCCCUCCACAACCACCGGCAUUAUUGGGCUCAACAGUAACUGAUACGGAGCCGGCGACUGACGGAGGCUACGCUACGGAUAUCGACUCUGCUUUUCUGUCCAACUGCAACCACUUCGCACUCUGGGGCCAGCAGUUGGCUCAAGAUAAAGGCUUGAUCGCGAACCAAAUUACCACAUACCAACCGGAUCUGCUGCUGGUUGAAUUGGGCUUCAAUGACAUGGGAUGGUUCAUCAGCGGUGUGAACGGGACUUUGGUGAGCAUGCAGACUUUCAUAGCUAAUGCUCGCUCGGCAAAGCCCGAUAUCAAUAUGGCAAUCGCAAAUGUCCCUCAGCGCAGUUUUAUUUCUAAUCGCGAAGAUCUUGUGGAAAACACACUCUCUUACAACGGUCUUCUGGCUCAAUAUCUGCCACAGUGGACUUCCGCACAAUCUCAACUCGAGCUUGUUGAUUUUGCAGGAAAUUAUGACUGUGCUCCUGACUCCUGCCCUGCAGGUCACGAUGGGUUACAUCCCAAUGCAUUUGGCGAAUUUCAGAUUGCACAGGCCUUUAGUAAAACUAUGUACUCUAAUUUCGGUCUUGGAAGUGGCCCGCUCACUAUUCCUGCGGACAUUCCCACACGGCCGUGUCCAGUACCAACCAAUGUUAAAGCGGUACAAUCUCCCUGGGGAGUGACCGUGACGUAUGGACUCGGCUUCUCGAUCUGGAAUGCCAGCACGAAUCGCUAUGACGCUUCAUGGACUGUCAAAGGCGAGACAUUUGACUUCUACAUCGCCAGCGACUGCGGAGAUACAAUCCCACCAUCAGAUUAUAGCAGCAUGGUCAGCGCCGUUGCAGAUCCGACAACUGCACCAGGCCCUCAAAAUAUAUCGAUUACCCCCACAGCUGAAGGAUUCGAUAUUUCUUGGGUUCCACCAAACGGAUCGUGGGAUAUCACACAGUAUGCCCUUAUCCUGCUGGAUAAAGAUACUAUUGGUGCAUAUGCCGGCGAAUACGGCGUCCAGGGGACUUCAGCCUCCCUUACAACACUCGAGCCAGGUCAUCAUUACACCGUAGCAGUGCAGACGUGGACAUCUGCCGAAGGAGGCGGUUUCCCCGCAAUCGCCAGAUCUGUAACUGUAGGCUACGGGAUGCCAUAUACCCCUUAUGCGGUGGAAGUUACCACUAUGGACCCUACAACUGUCCAAAUCACCUGGGCUGGGGACCAAGGAUCAGCCGGUUACACAUUUACUGUUCGCAAUGCCACAAGUCAUGAGGUCCUCACAGAUGAUAAGGGGUCAACAGACGUCCCUUGUUAUGAAGUCGCCUGGCUAUUUCCAGGAACGUGGAAUUACGAGUUUUGCGUCGCAGCAUACAACGGAAACCUCGAGAGUGAUAUGUCUGUGUGUGCCACUGCUCCGAGAAACUCGACAGGAGAACUAAGCUGCCCGACAUACGCCGCGUCAGUGACCGCAGUGUGGCCGUGGCUCACUGAUCCCAACGGCGCCUCGGGUGUGACACCAGACAACACCACAAGCGGUGAUCCUCUUCCAGAGGGCAUCGAUCUCCCUAACUGUCCCGACAUUGACAGUUAUUCAAGCAUAGACGCUGUAAUAAAUGACACCAGCAUCGAUCCCUACUGUGUCAAUACAUACCUCAUCCAGGGUAUGAUGGCCACCUUGUCCGACUCCCUCAACACCUACAAUGACCUCAUGGCAGAUGGCUACGAAGAUCUCUACGGCUACUACGUUAAGGCGGUGCAGACUGCUGCUCCAGCGCAAUGGUCCAAAUUCACAGAUAGUGACGAUUUCACCAAUCUGUUUACAUGCCUGUAUACUGUAGCAGACGGUUCGGGUUACAAGAAUGUGACUGGGGGAUGUGGGACAGGUGAUGAUCCCAGCUUCGAGAAGACUAUCGCUCUUUACGCCAUUCCCAACAACGAGACAGCAUGGCUAGACGUAAUGGAGAACAAAUACGGAAUCGAUAGCUCUUGGAUCUAUCCCUACGACUAUCACUCUACAGCUUGUGGCAAAACAGCUUGCGUGGAGGGUGCCCUCGUAUACUUUUAUAGUGUACCAAAUAAUAUGUCUCUGCCGGACCCAGCGGACACUAUCACGGCCAAUCUAGCCUCCUACAGCGCGCUCGCCGAAUGGUUAGAAGAUGCUGCAUUCAGCGCCUCAAACCUCUUCUUUGAUGGCUCGGACUCGGAUGUGAUCGAUGGCUCAGUCAUGAGCGUGUAUAGCGUUGCGGGUGCAGUCGACGCCAUGCAACAGGUUGAGGCGAUUGGGAAGAAAGCAGAAGAUGCCGAGGCGCUUGAAAUCAUUCUUUUCUUCUUGAGUGCCGUUUUGAUGUUGUUGCCCGGCAUAGGCGAAGAGUUGGAUGCUAUCGCUGAUGCGACCAUCUUCACUCGGUUGGGCACUUUACUCAGUGAUGCUGGCAAUGCCGGGCUGACGAUAUACGACAUUGUUCAAGAUCCAAGUAGCGCUCCAAUGGCGAUUGGUAGUCUCUUGAUUGGUGGCAUGGCUUCUCGAGACGAUGAUGCGUUCACUGUUGCGGCUAACGCGCGCAGGGAGCUGCCAGAUUCAGUAAUUGCGGAUUUGGGUACCGAUGUGGAGAGUGGUAUGGCUAAAGUGGCUGGCAAGUAUAAAUUAUGCUCGAUAUAAUAGCUUGGUAUACAUAA